GUUUCCGGGGCAGCGCGGCUACCUGCGGGCGGCGGCGGGCUGCGCACCUGCGGGCUGCGGGCACAUGGCGGCGUGAGGCCGCGCUCGGGGCCGGGGCGCAUGGGGGACGCGGGAAGAUGCCCCGGCCGCAGCUGCCCCUGCCCGCGGGCUGGGAGGAGGCGCGGGACGCGGACGGCCGGGUCUACUUCAUCCACCACGCCAGCCGCUCCACCAGCUGGGUGGACCCGCGGGACAGGUACACCAAGCCUCUCACCUUCGCCGACUGCAUCCGAGAUGAGCUGCCGCUGGGCUGGGAAGAGGCCUACGACCCCCAGGUCGGAGACUACUUCAUCGACCACAACACCCAAACCACGCAGAUCGAGGACCCGCGUGUGCAGUGGCGGCGGGCGCAGGAGCACAUGUUGAAGGACUACCUGGUGCUGGCGCAGGAGGCCCUGAGCACCCAGAGGGAGACCUACCAGGUGAAGCAGCAGCGGCUGGAGCUGGCGCAGCAGGAGUGCCAGCAGCUGCGCAUGGCGUGGCAGCACAGGCUGGGCUCCCAACUCAGCCUGGCCUCUGGAUCCUCGUCCAGCUCCAAGUACGACCCUGAGAUCCUGAAGGCAGAAAUCGCCACCGCCAGAUCCCGGGUCAGCAAGCUGAAGCGAGAGAUGAUGCACUUGCAGCAGGAGUUGCGGUUCAAGGAGCAAGGCUUCCAGACACUCAAGAAAAUCGAUAAGAAAAUGUCUGAUGCCCAGGGCAGCUUCAAGCUGGACGAGGCGCAGGCAGUGCUGAGGGAGACAAACGCCAUCAAAAAGGCCAUCAGCUGCGGAGAGAAAGAGAAGCAGGACCUUAUCAAGAGCCUGGCAGUGCUGAAAGACAGCUUCUGUGGCCGCCCAGGCUCCCACUCGGGCCCGUGGUCCAGCAGCAGCUCCUUGGAGAGCGUGAGCUGCCCGCUGUCCAAGCGGGGUCUGGAUGUCGGCUCCCAGACGGACAUCUCUGGAGGCGUCUCCCGGGAUCUCCGGAGCCUGAUCCCCGGCAUUGCUGUCCCCCAGUUGAGUGGCAGCGGCAGCAACCAGCUGGCAGAGAAGGUCCGACUGCGCCUUAGAUAUGAAGAAGCCAAGAGGAGGAUCACCAGCCUGAAGCUCCAGCUGGCCAGGCUGGACAGCGAGGCCCGGCCUGGUGUGCUGGACUCUGAGCGGGACCGGCUGGUCCUCAUCAGCGAGAAGGAGGAGCUGCUAAAGGAGCUGUGCUUUCUCAGCCCCGGACGCUGGGCGCAGGGCGAGGCCAAGCGGCUGGAAAGCGCCCGCAAGAGGCUGGAGAGCGACCUGCAGGCCGCCAGAAACACGCACAGCAAGGCGCUGACCGAGAGGCUGAAGCUGAUCAGCGGGAAGAACCAGCUGCUGCGGGAGCUGGAGGACACGGCCUGGCAGCUGGCCACGCUGCACUCCCAGCUGAGGAGCCUCCCGGGCAGCACACAGUCCCUGUCCUCGGGCAGCAGCCCCGCCUCCCUGGCAUCCAGCCGGGACUCCUCAGCCUCCGCCAGCUUCACGGACCUGGACGGCGAGGCCCUGGAGCCUCUGGCCCCGGAGCUGCAGAGCCGGCUGGAGCUGCUGCUGCUGGAGGCCGCCCCUGGCUCCCGGCCAGCGGACAAGGUGGCGGCUGGGGACCGGCAGCCAGGCUCCCUGAGCUCCCUGUCCCCGCGCUCCUCCCUGUCCUCGCCGUCACCACCCUGCUCCCCACUGCUGGCUGGGGACGCCUUCCUGAGCCCCCUGGAGCAGGAGGACGCUGAGCUGAACGCCGCCCUCUGCGCACUGGGCCUCAGCGGCCCCCAGGAGCCAUUCCGGCUGGAGGAGCGGGCCGCGGUCGAGGGCAGGCCGCUGGACCCAGCUGGGACACCUGCCUGGGGCUGCGGUCUGAAGGUGGCCACCGUGUCAGCAGCCGUGUCAGAGGAGUCGGUGGCGGGGGACAGUGGCGUGUAUGAGGCUUCCGUGCAGAGACUGGAUGCCCCCGAAGCCAUCACCUGUGGCAGUGAAGGGUCAGAAGCUGUGGGAGCUGCCCGGGUGCAGCUAGCCCUGAAGUACAACGAGAAGAACAAGCAGUUUGCCAUCUUGAUCCUGCAGCUGAGCGGCCUCCGGACCCUGGAGCCUCAGCAGGACCAGAAAGUGUGA